AUGAUUGAUCCCGAAGUGCUUGCCCGCUCCCUGCCGUUUCUGCUCAGCAACCACGAUUCCAACUUCAGCUACAGCCUCGACAACACCACCCCUGAUCUCGUCAAACUCCAGCUCCAAGAACAGUACCGUUCGAAGCUUCAAGAACUCAAGCAGUUUGACCACAAUGACCUUCACUUGUUGAACACCCAGUUUGUUGACCUGCUGUUCAAUAACUACUUGCAAUCCCAACUUGAUCUGGGGGAUGUGUCCUUGAGAGUGCCUUCACUCACCCUGCUGUCUCUGGAAGACGACGAAAACUUUGAUUUAGAGGAGUUCGUGGACAGAACGCUGAGCAAGCCUAAUUAUAUGAACUUGAAAGUGUUGAUUGAAAACUCCAUAUUUGAUACUUCGAAAAUUACUAAGGAUGCCAUCUUGUCGUUAGCUGCUCUUCGCCAGUUGAAAAAUCAUCUUCAAGAGAAACGCGAGAUGCAACUGUAUCUUCUCAAUAAGAUGACGGUGCUGCAUCAGUUCAUUGCGACCAUUGUUGACCAAGAACUCGAUGACCCUCAAUUACUUUUGCGUAUCCUAAAGCUGUACCUGGAACUUCAAAACCAACUUCGUGAAGCCACUCGUGAAGUUGAGUUGGCUCAACAGAAGCUUAAUAACCAUAACUUGGCGUGUUUAGUUCUCGGCUACGUCGAAGAUGUUCGACUCAGCUCCGGGGCUUCCCAAGCAAAAGAUGAAUUUCUUCAUCGCAGUCAGCUGGUUCCCAGCCGUAAUCACCCCGAGUCACGGACGGUAAUCCUGCAACUGUUUGACUCGUUGUUCUCCCAUAUUGUCCACGUUGCGGCUCAGCGUAAUGUAUCUUUGCCAUCGCCUCCCUCACCGGUUGCUGAGUCUCUUGAGCUGAAGGUCAAAUGGACACAGGAAUGUAUCGACGCCAUUUUGGCAACUGACUCAAACACCAACUCCAACACUAAUACAACUCGUGAGAUUGCCACCGCUUCUCCUCAAAAGCAAAUGUCCACCAAGUCCGUUGAAGAACUCAACACUGCUCUUAAUGACUUGCGCUUCUCCCACCAAUACUUGCUCAAAAAAUACGAACUCUCUCAAGACUCCACCAAAAAGCUUGUCCAGGACUACCGCCGCAAGAUCGCCUUUUUGGAGGCUGAACUUGCAUCGAGUCAAGAUGUGGCUGACAUCUCUUACCAUGAUAACUUCGAUAGUAUCGAACAGAAAGAGAAGGAAAUUUCUCGCUUGAGCAAGGAAAUUAAUAUGAUGAAGAUUGAUCGUGUCGGGUUGUCCUCCCUCUCAUUGAAUCUGCCGAGCGGAUUACAAACUCUGCCAUUCCUGAGCACUGCUAAUAUUGCCAUAUCACCUGUUCGGGCUCAGACUCUGCCAGACACGACUGAAGAAGAUCAAGACGAACACAGCUCAUUUGUUCUGGGUAUACUGGUGGCGCCUCGAGUCCAAGGUUCUACCAGUACCGGAAUUUUGAGAAAGGAGUUCAAGAAGAUCGUCACUGAUAUUCAAGAGCAAUAUGAGGUCAAAUUGGGAGAGGAAAGAAUCCGCAGACGCAAACUUCAAGAAGAGCUCGAGAAAUUGCGCAAGCAAGGUUAG